AUUUGUAUUUUUUUUAUUAACCUGUGCUUGUGGUCGACAUUUUCGUUGUACAUCGCCGGAUUAUUAGCAAAUCAUUAUUUGCUUUCCAUUUUAAAUAUUUUGUCUUAACUUAUUUUAAGUGAUUAAAGUCUAAAAUAUAACGUGCAAAUGGCUCGCUUAAGGAUUUUUGUGAUAUUCGCUAUAUUAUACAGCUGUUCUGAAUUGGGUCAUGGCGAGUUCACUACUCCAAAAACGGUGCUGAUAGAUGUGCCGCCUCAGCAUCCGGUGGAGGCUUCUAGCACUGAGAGGACGACAGCGCCAGCUGAAGUUGUUACUACUGAGACGGCACCUCCAUCGACGACCAGUUCCACCACCACGUCGACAACAACCACUCCACCUCCCCCGCCCCCGCCGCCGCCCACGCCUUCUCCUACACCUGCUCCUGCACCUGCUCCUGCACCAGGACCAGUUCCUGCACCAGACCAGGGUACCUGGCAUUACACAGAUGCAAGCAACAACACCUGCAUUGUGGUCCAGUUUGCCGCCCAGCUCGAUGUGAAGUAUCCACAGGGAAUAAACAACACACUAACAGAUGUCCUCGUCAACGUGCCAGCGAACGCGACCGUUACUGACGGCAGCUGCAACACCACCGAGCAAUGGAUCGAGCUGCAGUGGGGCAUCACUGCUGGCAAUGUAACCUACAACAACACCCUGAAGCUCGUCUUCGCGGCCAACGACACCUCCAAGACGUACAUUUUCAAGGGAUUGAACGUAUCGCUCGUGCCUCAGAUCUUCUACAACAGUACUAUCAAUUCAACCGUGGAUGUAUGGCAUGGUGAGGACUGGCAGACGCCGCUGGCUACUUCAUACCGGUGCUCGAGGUCCACCGAGCUGAAGCUGACCGGGGAGACCAGCAACGUGGCGGCUUCCAUCACCUUCACCAAGCUGCAGGAGGAGGCGUUCAGAAACGCCACCAACACGUCCUUCAGCGCUGCUCGCGAGUGCGGUGGCGGGGACGUGCCGGACGCGGUGCCCAUCGCGGUGGGGUGCGCGCUGGGCGGCCUGGUGGUGGUGGUGCUGGUGGCCUACCUGGUGGCCCGCCGCCGCUCCGCCGCGCGCGGCUACCUCUCCAUGUAGGUGGCUGGUGAGUAGCAGCGCGACUGUACCUCUCCAAGUAGGUGGCUGGUAAAAUUACAUCGGAGUAUAAGUAGUAAAUAUAUAAAUAUUAUAUUAUAUAAAAUAAACACCAUCUUUCCAUCCCAUCUGUAUCGUCAAACGUCGCCACACAAUCGGUACGUACGUCCGGGGCAGUAGAUUCUAGAUUUUUAUUAUACUAUAUACUUUGUUUAAUUAAUGUGAACUUUAGUGACAAGCGAACAAGGUUGGAGAUCACGUUCAAUGUCGCCAUUCUGUCCCAAAUGUAUUAGAAAUCGUGCAAUUGGACGUGUUAUUUGCUCAAGUUUAUUUUGAACAUUGCGGAAAUUAAUUAAUUCAAUUUAGAUUUCUGUUAAUUGGCGAAAAAAUUAUAUAUCCACGAAAUUAUAAAAUCUAAAUAAUCUUUAAAUUAAGUAUUUUUUAUGAACAAUCUGAACAAGUUUCUGGUGACAAGAAGAAUUCAUGGUAUAUUUUGUCAAAAAGCCAUUAAUAUAGUUAAAGCCAAUUAAAUUAAAUUAAUAAUUAUCUUCUCCGCAUUUUAACGGAUUUAAUUAAAAUUAUGGUUAUAUUUUGUUUUCAAAUGAUUAUAUGUUUAUUAUUAAAAGAAUUUAUUAUUGAUAUCUACAAUAUUGCAGAUUAUAUGUUUUUUUUCUAAUCAAUUGAAAUUGUCAUUAAUUUUAAAGCAAUGUAAAGAUUUUAGAUAACAACGUUUUGGCCAUAAUAUUAGAAAUAUAUUUUAUUUAAAUUUCGAACAUUGAAUCUUUUUUUUAAUGGGGCAGUGGAGAAAACUACAUAAAUCUAUGUGAUGUUAAUAGGUUAGAAAGUGAUGAGGGUAGCGGUAAUGUUUAUAAUAAAUUAUCUGUUUUGCAAUAUAUAUGUUCUAAUUAAUUGUAUUAUUUCAUUCUUAAGCUAAUAAUUUUGUCUAUUCCCGUGAUUUGUUUAUCCAAAGAGUCAUAAUUAAUUCGCUUCAGUUAUACACGAGUAUAACGAAUCCUUUCACUUUACCAUAAAAUUUAUAUUCAAUUAAUUAUAUAUGUAAACUGGUAGAUACGCAGUGCAGAAUACGAGGCAAUCUUUCCUUUACUGUAGUUAGUACUUCAAUACUCGCUGUAAGUGUAAAGUGUAAUGUUUAUUGCUAAACAUAUUACAUCAAAA